CUCCGCACGAAAGACGUGGGAAAGGAAUGAAAGAUGCUCGUCUUAUUUUGGUGUUGAUUUCUCCAAAAAUUGUGAUUGAAAUAUACAUGUAGUUAAGUUCCAGUCAAGAUGAAUCCUGACAUAGACCUUGAUCCUCGGGCUACGCCACCACCACGUCCUAGGACUCCCGUUUCAACUCUUUGGUUUGAGUUCCUUCUUGAUGCAAGUUUGCUUCAGAAACAUCUAGCGCAAGAGAACCCAGAGCCAACUGCCACGCAGCUGUUGGUGCUUUUUGUGGCACAGUCCAUUAAGACAACGGGGGAGGAAGAGUCUGAGCAACAGAAACGUAAAUCUGCGUCUUUGAAGUGUCUAGCAUUGCAGGUGGCUGCACAUCUCAAUUGGAACAUCAGCAGACUUCAGAAAGAGUUGCCUCUUUUCAUGGUUCACAAAGCACUCAAGGAUUUUGUUGAGUCCGUCUCGCCUCCGAAUCUAAACAUCCGUCCACACACAGAUGUUUGUAGUCUGGAGGAUUCGGUUCUUGUAGCUCUAGCAGUUUACAACAGAUGGUGCAUUAGAACGUUGCUUGACAGCGCUUACUCAACCAAGUCGAACAAGACAUCCAUCGCCAACAUUGCAAAUGGGUCCAAUAUGAAUGUGGCUGGAAUUAACGAGAUGGUCAUCAAAACAGUUAAGGAUACCCUACAGGAAUCUGUAAGUUUUCUGGAACGUUGUCUUAAGAUCAACAGAGACAUCUCCAUUCCCAACAUGAGGACAUUCCAAGAACUACCACCACCAACAACAACCACUGAACUCCCUCCGACCAAUGGCGAAACAGAGACUUCAGCAAUGACCAAUCACAGACAGGAUACAGAGCGGGAGUCUCUUCCCGUUUUGAGCAAGGAUCAGUUUCUUUGUUUGUUGUAUUAUGACCUCGGCAGUUUGUAUUUUCAUCAGAGACUUGUUGUCACGGCAACAGAGAUGUUCAAUAGGGCGGCUGUUACUCUUCCCUCGCUUUCUGGGUCCGUUUACUGCGACAUAGAUUCAACAACUCUGCAAGGUUAUUUAUCUGCCUGCGUAGGGUGCCAGAGGCUCCUAACCCCAGAUCAACCCAGUCGAACCGUCCCUGCAGGACCCAUCAUCCAAAAGAUCGAGAAAAGCAGACAAGAUGGUUUCAAAGGCAUUGCUGAACUUCUCGAGGAGGACAAUUGUAAAUUACAAACCCCACUCUCCUAUCGAGACUACCUCCUUAACAUCGUCCUCUUGCAGCCAGACGUCAACAUUGAGAUCAAGCAUCACGUUUUAAUCCUCAGUGUAAUUAGGAGAUACAAGGAGGCGUCCAUUAUGCCUCCUCAUCAUCUUGAGGCUAUAGGAAGUGCCUCACAGAAGAAUCUGGAGGUACUAGGGACGUUUCUUAAAAGAGAAUUUCAGCAAGGCACAAAUAAGAACAAACUUAUGACACUAGUCAGAUGUUUGUGUUGUGAUGAAAGGCUUUCCAAACAUCUUCAACAAUCUCUUCAAGAUUCUCUCACAAGAGAAGAGUUACUUGAAGUCUGCGGAGGGAAGAUGGAGGAUGAUUCAGUGGAGCAGAAGAUGUGCGUCUCUUCCGAGUGUGACAAUGUCGCUCUCCAGUUGGGCAAACUAGAACAGAGGUUACUUCUGAGUAAUAGCAACACAGACUUGGAGAAUAUUCUCGCUCAACUACAUCGACUUGGACCAGGAAAGCACUACUCAAAUAUUAACAGUAAAUGGCAGAUUGAGAAAAGCUAUGCUUUUAUUCUGGACGGCAUGGGAGACAAGAAGACUCAAGAUAUGCUGUUUUUAUUGUUAGUCAAGGCACAACACUGCACUCAGAUUAAAAAUUACUCAACAGCUAAAUCCCUACUGCAGACUGCACACGCUCUAGUCCGUGACACAUCCUUCAAGCUACAAAAAGCGCUAUUACAUGAGGUACUAUAUGUGGAGUUGCUGAGUGGAGAGGCCGAUAACCAGACCACUGAAGCAGGCAAACAAACCAUAGCACAAAGGAUACAAGCGUGCUUAGCAAGUGCCAAGAGUGAACGUGACAUUACACCGAGGGAUAAGAUGCUAGAUGAGUGUGUGAUUCAUCUACUCAACUCUGGUAACUGGAUUGAUGCUAUGGGAGCAGACUUCAUUGGUACCCAGUACUCAAUGUUGGGUAAAGUGAUAGCUGCUGUUUGUCAUGAUCUCUCCAUCGGCAACGAGGCAUUAAAGACUUCAACCUGUCUGUGGAACGCUACUCUACAGAUAUUCAGCUCCGGGAAUAAACAGGUUAAAAGAAACAGCGCUGGCAAACCAACCGCUACGGUGCAGAGAGAAUCUAUGCUGGCCAUUAUGUUCAGGUCGGAUUUUCUUCAGUUCUUGAAGCAUCUUCGCUCACCUCUUUGUCUCUCUGUGAUGCUUUCUUGUCUGGUGAAGUUGCAUAAUGUCUUAAGAGACGAUAGUCCCAAUGAGCUAUCACAUGAACACACCAAACUCUGGCCAACCACUGUUACCAAUGUGAGUUCCAUUAAUGUUGAUUCUGUAACCAUGGUUAUGGGUCAGCUGAUCAGUCAUGUAAUCAAUGUCAACCCUAGCCAGCCCUCCUGGCUGAGGACCCAAGCCGAUCUCCACUAUGGGAACAAUCAGUACGCCUCAGCCCUGCAAUUCUAUCUGCAGUCAGCGAGUAUUAUAACAGGGUUUUUUGAGAUGCCCCCUCCUCGCGAUGUCUGGAACGACCAAGUGUAUCGCCGUUUAAUCAAGUGUUGCAGUCAGUUACAGUGUUUCACUCUAGUGGCAUUGUUGUGUCAGUUCUUACAGCCGGUAGACUACACAACAGCAUUCAAGGCGUUGCAGGAGAAAACAUGUUACGACGCUUGUGAUGCUCUGUAUGACUGUAUCUGGGACGUCACUCUACUGGAAUAUCUCAUAUGUCUUCAUGGGAAACGGAAUGAAGUAGAGAAAAAACAAAGAGCGAUACAAGCGAUGAGUGAAGCGGAGCUAAAUACGAGUAACCCAGAAAACAUCCUGAGUGCUGCGACUCAGUGGAGAGCUUGCAAACUACUGCGAGCAAUGACCAAGCAGUAUUUAUAACCACAUUCACCUUCUUUCGAGAGAGAGCAUCCUUUAUAGACUGUAAUAAUAAUAAUAACAAUAAUAAUAAAAAUAAACAUUUCUAUGGCGCUCUACAAUUAACACAGCGC